UGGGGAUGCGGAUUUCCUAAAAUCUUCUGGAAAAGCCUCAGGAUUUUAGGGAAGCAAAUGCUGCUGAUCUCUUAAAAAUAUAUCUCCUUUUGAAAUCUAGCAUUGAAUAGUGCUUCCACUUAAUAUUACCCCUGAAAUGUGCCUCCGGAGUUCAGCCACAUUUACAGAGAUGUACCUACACACGGUAAUACGGACCAUAUGCAUGUCUUCUUCAUCAGUAUCAUGUUGGCCUUCUGCUUCUGUUACGUCCCAGGUUUCAUACGUUACUAUAUAAUUCUUUUCACUCAUGGAUUUUUUUGCAUGUAUGUAUUUCUGAUGGGUUUUUUAUUUGUUUAACAUGGAAGUGACCUUGUUGAUGGAUAACUGGUUGAUAUAUAAAAUAUAUAUACUGGGAAUUGACAGUAUAAAUAUACUGUUUAUAUAGUAAUCAGUUAUCCAUCACUUCUUUUUUCCAUAAUUUAUCCCAGGAUAAUCAUCAGGAAUAAUAAACUGCACUUAUUAUUGAGAUCAUCCAAGCUAACAAUAGCAGAAAUGAGCAUUUAAACCUUUUAGGAUAAAUGUGAAAAAAAAAAAAAUCACUUCACAUUUUAUAUUUUUAUGACAGUUCAUGAUGAAUCUCUGUGAUCCAAACACCUGGUUCAGCUGCUGCAGACCCAUAACUGGGUCAGUCAGAUAUGGAAAGAUAGCGCCACCAUACCACUACAUAUGCAGGACAACAGGCACCCAUGCACUGACUCAUAACAUGGAAAUUUACAGUCCUUGCAUUUGCCAACAUGGCACUAAAAAUUCAACACUGCACUAUUUUGGAGUCCCCUACAGUGGCAUAGUUGGAUUGCAGUUCUGCCAUUUAAACAGACAAUACUGUAUGACGACUAACUGUAUGUUUCAACCUCCCAGCUCACUACUAAAUGCAGGAACAACAAGUUACGAAACACGUUUUAACGAAAAGCUGCAGUGAGACAAUUACCGGUUUGAACAUAUGGCUAUAAUUUGGAGUGCAGUGUACAUGCGCGUGGCUUCUUGUACUUUCAUCAUGACUCAGCAUUUACUUUACAAGUCUUUGCUGCACAGACCACCUAAAGAAAUUGCUGAUUUGAUUAAAAUUUGGUUAAAUUUAAAAAAAAAAAAUCCAUCUUCAAAGAUAAAACAUUGAUUUUAUGGAAUCAAAUUAAUGUUUGUGCAUUAAUGUGGGUUUGGGGACAUGAUACAUUUGAUUGUGAAGACAAGAAGACAAAAGGAAGGCGUGCUCUAAACUACACGCAUUCCCACACGAGACAAAUGCAGACUGUUUGUCGUGCCGACGCAGAGGUUUACAGUUGGCCCAAAUAUUUGGGGUGGGACCCCACCAUGUAACACAUGCCAUGCUGUGAUGUAACAGCAUCAUGGGCAGUAUUUAAAGAGGCCGACCUCUUCCCCGCUCCUGCAUCUGUUCCACUUAUUGUCUGAGAUUCGGCGAGAGGUUUGGUUAUUGUCCCUUGGUAAGGCUUUUCAACUCUACAAAUCAUAUCACGGAUUUGGAGUAUGAUUAUACGCCUCAUUGCUGUUAAAAAAUCUAUGGAAAAACAAGAAAAGUUGUUUAUAGCUGGGACUAAGUUCAGCCAGAGGGACGCCUUUAGAGAAUCCUGAUCUCUAAAGUUUCUGUCCCAAACUGCUCCUAUAAAGAUUUUGCAGGAACAUCUUGUCGUGUUCACGUUCACAAACACACCGCUUGUGUUUUUUUAAAAAACACUGUGGAAAAUGGUUGGAUUCAGGCCUGCAGAUGUGCCACCAUCAGCAGCUGUAAAGUUUGUGGGAGCAGGAACUGCAGCCUGCAUCGCUGACCUGCUCACCUUUCCCUUAGACACAGCCAAAGUGCGACUGCAGAUCCAAGGAGAGGCCAGAGGCUCCGCUGCUACAUGGAGCGGCUCUGCGGUGAAGUAUCGAGGGGUGUUCGGCACCAUCGCCACCAUGGUGCGUACUGAGGGUCCUCUGAGUCUUUACAGUGGGCUGGUGGCAGGACUCCAGAGGCAGAUGAGCUUUGCGUCUGUCCGAAUUGGUCUCUACGACUCUGUUAAACAGUUCUACACUAAAGGCUCUGACCAUGUGGGCAUUUGGAGUCGGCUGCUGGCUGGAUCUACCACAGGUGCCUUGGCGGUUGCCAUUGCUCAGCCCACAGACGUGGUGAAAGUUCGCUUCCAGGCACAGGCCAGGUCUCUUGGCCGUGCCAGGCGCUACUGUAGCACAGUGGAUGCUUACAGGACCAUUGCCAAGGAAGAAGGCAUUUGUGGUCUGUGGAAAGGGACAGCUCCAAACAUUGCACGUAAUGCUAUUGUUAACUGCACAGAACUGGUUACCUAUGACUUCAUCAAGGAUAUGCUCCUUAGCUCCACGCCACUGACAGAUAAUCUGCCCUGCCAUUUUGCAUCAGCCUUUGGUGCGGGGUUGUGCACAACAGUGAUCGCCUCCCCUGUUGAUGUGGUCAAGACAAGAUACAUGAACUCUGCUGUCGGCCAGUACAGCAGCGUUCUCAACUGCGCUGCUGCCAUGAUGACCAAUGAAGGCCCGCGUGCUUUUUACAAAGGGUUUAUCCCGUCUUUCUUACGCCUGGGGUCCUGGAACGUGGUCAUGUUUGUGACAUACGAGCAGCUGAAACGAGCCAUGAUGGCAGCGAAUCACAGCUGCAAAGCUUAUCUGUAAUCUUUACUAUCACUCAAUGGGCUCGUGUUCGACCACAGUCACGUUGUCUUUCAUUUUUGUUAUCUUCCAGCGUGUUUACAGAAACAUUCUGACAGAGUGCAAAGUGCAAAUAAAAUCAGAAAGACAUGAUUUGCAAAUA